AUGCCGAAAGAUAGAAGGGUGAAUUCCUCAUCUUUUGACCAGUCUAGGGUAUCUCCUUGUGCUGGCAGCUCGAAGAUUUCUGAUCCUACCAAGUCAGGAAGAUAUUUGCCUUGUGUUGGUGAUGAAGCGGAAUGGGAAGAAGCAAGAUGCCCCAUUUGUAUGGAGCAUCCACACAAUGCUGUCCUAUUACUAUGUUCCUCCCAUGAAAAAGGCUGUCGACCAUACAUGUGUGACACAAGUUCUCGACAUUCAAAUUGCCUUGAUCAGUUUCGCAAGUCAUCUAGUGCAUCAUCACCAACUUCACUAGUGGACAGUCCACUAGAAGAUGUCUCAGCACCACGCAGACACAGAGUGGAACAACCGUUAUAUAGGUCGAUAAAUUCCCCUAAGGGACAGCAACCUGUUUGUAUCUGCCCCCUUUGCCGGGGACAGAUCAAUGGAUGGCUUGCUAUAGAGCCUGCACGGAGGUUCAUGAACUCCAAACUGAGGAGCUGUUCUUCAGAAAAUUGUAACUUCAGUGGAAAUUAUUCUGAGCUAAGGAAGCAUGCCAGGCUUGAGCAUCCCUCUGUUCGGCCAUCAGAAGCCAACACCCAGCGGCAAUCUGAAUGGAUGAUGUUGGAGCGACAAAGGGACCUUGAGGAUGCACUUAGUGCAUACCAGCCAGAUUUUGAAUAUGACUUGGGUGACUUGGACGAAUUGCCCAUCUGGGAUGAAGAUGAUCUGAGGAGUGAUUGGAAUCUUUUUGACUUCCCUAGUGGACUGUCGGAGGACGAGGAUGAACUGAGUGAAGACAACAAUAGAUUUACAGAUCUAGAGAUUGAGUUCUCUUUCUCAUUCCUUGAAUAUCUAGCUUAUCCUGAGAUAGAAGUGACUGAUUCUGGCACUGCAACAAGUAAUGACAGAGUGAGUGACAGGAGACAGAUGAAUUUAAGGUCAAGUGAUCCCAGUGGAAACGGCUCAACGGGUUCAAGGUCUAGAUCAAAUCAUCAUAGGGGAAAUGUUCCCCCAAGUUCAAGGUCAAGUUAUAAUGAUGGAAAUGCCCUGGCAAGUUCAAGAUCAACUUAUCUCAGGAGAUACACUCCAACAAGGUCGAGUUCAAGGUCGGGGUCAAGGUCAAGGUCAAGUUAUCAUAGGGCAAACAGACCCCCUGUGAGACAGAAUGCAUCAGGAAGGCAAAUGCCCGGCUCUUCUUCACAAUGGCACCAGUCAAGCCGGAGAUCCUGA